AUGUCUUUAGCAUUACAACAACCAGAAAAUAAUAAUAAUAAUAAUUUUCAACCAUCAUAUAUUAUUGAUGGUACAACACAAUUAAAUGGUACAACAAAUGAACCAUUAACAUUAUGUGAUAUUAACAUUAUUUGUUUACAUAAAAAAAAGAGAACUAAUCGUCAUAUUUAUUUAACAUUUGUUGAAAGUUCUCCAUUAUCAUCAUCAAAUGAACAACCAUGUAUAGAAAUAAUUGGUAAAACAAAAACUUCAACAAUAUUAUUAAAUGAUUGUAUAUCAUUUGAAUCUUUUGAACCAAUUAUAAAUGAUUUUAAAGCAUUUAUUUAUAUUUAUUUUGAAACUUAUACAGUAUCAAUAUAUUUUUCUGAUGAAAAUUUACAUAAAAAAUCUCAUAUUAUUAAACAUCUUGAAUAUAUGUGUCAGAAAAGAAAUGAAAAAACAAUUGAAAUUAAUAAAUCACAAACAUCUCAGGAAUUACCAUGUUUAUCAACUACUGAAAAUGUUUUACAUACAUUUGAUGCUAAAUUAAUUCCAUAUGAAACAAUUAUAUCUUCUAAUCAUAUUUUAAUUGGUCAUGUUCGUCUUUAUUUUACAACAACAGAUCUUUAUAUUGCUUCUAUUGAUUGUAAUCAAGAUGAUUUAAAAACUACUAUUACAAAUCAAUGUCCAUUAAAGAAUCAAGAUAUUUUAUGUAUACCUUAUUUUACAAUAAAUCAUUAUGGAAAUCGUUCGAAUAUAUUUCUAAUAGAAUUAGGUAAAUCAAAUUAUGGUAAUGGUGAAAUACAUAUGAAAUGUCAAUCAUCAUCAUUAGCAAGUACAAUACAUUUACUUGUUAGUCCAGUUAUUGAAGAACGACCAUUAAUAUUUACAUCAGCAUUUCAAAAUCAAUUAUUAACUAAUAAAAGAAUAGAAAAAUUGAAAAAUAUUCAUCCACCUAUACAACUUAAUCAUGAUACAACAAAUCAAUCAAUUGUUGAUAAUUCAUUACCAUUUUUAAAAAGUCAUUCAACUGAAUGUUUACCAGAAAAUUCAACGAAAUCAAAUCAAAUAAAAACACGUUCAGUAUUUGGUUGGUUUCGUAAAUUAGUUAAAAAUACUACACAAUUACAACGAUCAUAUCCAAUUGAUAAUAAUCAAACUCAUUUAAAUGAACAAUCAAAAAUAUUAUCUUCAUCAAUGAAUAAAUUUUUUGAAUUAAAUAUUGAAGAAAAACAAAAUUCUCAUGAACAACAACAAUAUAUUUUACCAAAAUCUCAAAGUGUAAUCAAUUCAUCUGAAUUAAUAAACAAUAAAAAAGAUAAAAUUUCAUUUAUAUCAUCUACAAAUAAACAUGAAACAACGAAUGGAACAUAUAUUGAUAUGGUUCCAAUUGUUCAAAAAGUAGAUCAAAAUCAAUCAGAAGAAAUACAUGAUGAUAAACCAAUAAAAGAAACAACAACAUCUACAGAUAUUGGUGUUAAUACUAUGAUCAGUGUACCACCACAUGUUCGUUCAGCUAUUAUUGUUGGUAAUUCAGUUCAUUUGAUUGCUGAAGAAAGAACUGUUUUUCCAAUUGGUCAACGUUCUUUUACUUCUCCAGCUAGUGUUAUGCAACCUUUCAAAGCACAAUUACAUGGACAAACAAAUAAUAAUAAUUAUACAAAUGAAUCUAAUAUGUUAUCAUGUGUAUCAAAUAAUACAAGUUCUUUUCAUCAACCAACAUCAAAUUCUAAUUCUCAACAAUCAUUAUUUCUUUCAUAUGGUAUAGUAACAUUAAAUAAAAUUCCAUUAACAAAUGAUUCAAAUGAACGUCCAUCAAGUCCAUUAUCUGAUGUAUCAAAUAUUAAUCGUCGACUUAAUUCUGAUCUUAGUCUUAUGUCAUUAUCUCAUCAACAACAAGCAUCAAAUAUUUAUUCAUUUGAUAAUAUAUUAUCAUCAUCAUCAAGUUCACAUAUAUUUCGUACAUUAUCACUUUCAACAAAUAAUAUUGGUGAUAAUACAUCAGGUCAUAUAUGUGCAUCACAUGGUAGUAUUAUAGUUUUUGAUGAUAAUUUAACAGAUCAAACAACAACAUAUUUACUUGGAUCACCACCAUUAUCAUUACCAAUAUCGGAUGAACAAAGUCAAACAGAUUUAUCACGUGUUUCAUCAUAUAAUUUACCAACAUCAAUAUCACGUACACAUUUAACAAAUAUAAAUGAAGAAAAACUACCAACAAAUGAUUCAUAUGCAUUUGUUGAACCAUUAUCUAUAAAUAAUAAUCCAUUACCUAAUCUCAUAACUAUUUUAACAAAACCUUUAUUAACAUCAGAAAAAACAAUUAAUUAUACUGAUUUAGCUUUACCAUCAACAAAUAUUGAUGAUGAACCACAACAACAAGAUUUAAAUACAUUAGAUCAAAAUAUAGAUCAAAUAAAUAAUUUAAAUGAAGAAAAAACUGAACGAUCAUCAACUGUUAUAUAUACAGAUAUUGAUUUUCAUCAAAUUGAACGACGUGAUCGUAUUGCUCAAUUAGCAACCAUAUCAAAAAGUGAAGAUAAAACACCACCAUUUGUUUUAUAA